UGUCGAGCAUAUGUAUAUCUUAUGACUCCAGUGGACGAAGGUCACAGACGAAUCGACCUGCAGUAUCUGGAUGAAACUAUGUAUAGCUUAUUUGACAGAACUGUUGAAGAUGUGAAGAGGAAUGAAACUUUGACGCGAGUUAUACUAACUCAAAAUAAUUAUAUUUUGGAUGCGCUGGCCCAUGAAAGAGAAUACUUUAAAAUCAGAACUGUUGAAGAUGUGAAGAGGAAUGAAACUUUGAAGCGAGUUAUACUAACUCAAAAUAAUUAUAUUUUGGAUGCGCUGGCCCAUGAAAGAGAAUACUUUAAAAUCAGAUAA